GUGUGUGCGCGCGAGCACCUGAAAGCGGCCGGGAUGCAGCAGAGCGGAGCAGCCAGCGCUCGUGGCUGCGCUCUCGUUCCCCUGCUGGCUGUGUUGUUCUGCCAGGGUGCUCACGUGGCCCUUUCCUUGGAGAUCAAAGUGGAUGCCCACGUCCGGGGUUACGUGGGAGAAAAGAUCAAGCUGCGAUGCACCUUCAAGUCAACAGCGUCUGUCAGUGACAAGCUCACCAUAGACUGGACAUACCGUCCACCCAGCAGCAGUCGAACAGAAUCAAUUUUCCAUUAUCAGUCUUUCCAGUACCCGACCACAGCAGGCACAUUUCGGGAUAGGAUUUCCUGGGCCGGAGAUGUGUACAAAGGGGAUGCAUCCAUAAGCAUCCGUAGUCCGACCCUCAAGGACAACGGCACGUUCAGCUGCGCGGUCAAGAACCCCCCAGAUGUGCACCAUAAUAUUCCAAUGACAGAGCUGACCAUCACGGAACGGGGUUUUGGUACCAUGCUCUCCUCUGUGGCGCUUCUUUCCAUUCUCGUCUUCAUUCCCUCGGCACUGGUGGUCAUCCUGCUUCUGGUGAGGAUGGCACGCAAGUCUGCGGGGCUCAAGAAGAGGAGCAAAUCCAGCUAUAAGAAGUCUUCUAUUGAGGUGUCAGAUGACACUGAUCAGGAGGAGGAGCAUGACUGCAUGGCCCGGCUGUGUGUCCGCUGUGCUGAUUGCCUGGAGUCAGACUAUGAGGAAACCUAUUGAUUAACAUCCUGUGAUGGAGGACGAGUCCCCUGCUCUGGUACUGGACCCUGGCCUGAGCCAUAGGCCUGUCAAGAAGUAGACUGGGCCCAGCCCAACAACAGCAGAGCCUAGAGGUCACCAGCAAAGACUGAGCCAUGUAUUUAUUGAAGAAGUUUUCUUCUCGUAUUUAUAAACUCCUCAGAAGUGCUCAGAAUACAUUCAUCUUACCCCCGUGGGUAACUCACAUUUGACUUGAAAGGAGGAAUCCUUUUUCCGACUUGAAGGAUGCUGUUUGUUUUGUCUUUGCUCUUAAAUGUGUGCCACGAUUUCUUCCAGUGAUGCGAGGGAGAGCCCUAAACAGAGGCCAUGCUACUGUGCCAAUAUUUUGUGUAUUUCUUUAUUUCAACGCGUAGCAUGUUUCUCCCUAAUGUGCUGCCAAAUAUGUUUGGGAAAAGUGGG